UAAAAUCCAUUUAUGGUAUAAAUUAAAAUUGUACAUUUAUAUUACAGUACAACAGCUGCACAAAGCCCACCAUGUAGACAAAAACAGAAGCCCACCGCAGCAUAUCAAGCCCAUGAAGUACAAAAAAAAAAAACCACAACAGUAAACCCAGCUAGUACAGUAAUAGCUUUUCACAAUAAGAGAAGAAAGAAAAGUCGCACGCUUUAGCAAAAUCAACGGUGGCAAAGCAACCAUCCGUAGGUAGUAAAACCUCCCUCCAUGGUCAACCCCAAACAAUGCCAAAUCUGAAAUUGGAGACCUCCGGCACCCUCCGCCGGCCGGCAUCUACUUCAAACUCGAAGCUGAAACAUCCUCCGAUCCUUGGCACAAGCAUCGAGCCGCUCCCUAAUAUCCUUGAUCUUGCCGGCCGUCCGAAAAUCAGCCCACAGAUGGUACGGAUAAGACACGGCGUAGUUGGCCAAAUUGACGCAAUUGAAGUAAUCCCCGUUGAUGAUGGCGGCCUGCUUCUGGGACCUCUCCCAGUAAGAGCGGAGCAGGUCAAAGCCUUCCUUCAUCACACCCGAGAGCUUCUCCACCCAGUCCCGGUCCUGGUUGCUCAGCGGCUUCUGCUUCUGCUCGGCGUCCUUCACCACCGCCUCGAUGGAUCGGAUCGUGUAAUUGAGAUUCUCCAGCUCCUUCUUCAGCCCGAACAGGAGCUUCGCGCUGUCCUGGAGAAUGGGCAUCACGGCUUUCCCCAAUUUCUGGGCGCCGUCCUUUGCUGCAUCGAAGAUUGCUUUCUCGUCCAACAUUUUUUUGGGUCGGAUUUUUCUGGCGUCCACGGUGACCCGCCGGCCGGCCAAAAAGUGGAAAAGGGAUGGAAAAGAGGGAGUCGCCAGGAGAAUGACCCGGGUGGCCUUCCCCGAGUCUUCUUCUUCCCAACUAAUUAAUAGUAAUACACAAAAUGAAGAGUCUUCGUCUCCUCUAUAUUGUUAAGAAAUUGGUUACAAUAUUUAAUGCGUGAUCGUGAUUAUUGAAUUGUUAAUCAUUCACCCAUUCCACAU